ACCCUGGCCAUUACACCAAGCUCCCCACUUUCUUCCAUCUGUUUACCCGUCCGUCUUAUUCAUGGUUAUUCAUGGAAAUAGGUUUUGUCUUAUUUUCUUCGGGCCGAAUAAUUUUCCAUAAUCAAAUCUUUUGGACUCACCGCACGAUUCUGCCAUCUACUCGAUCCCUUGAGUGACGACAUUGUCAAUCCGACAAGAUGGGCCGCAAGCCCAAUCCUAUAAUUCUCGAGUUCUUCGAGAGAGGAGCCAAAUUGAAUGAUAAUAGUAAUAGGUAUCACCAUAGCUGCAAGUCAUGUGGCGAAAACUUUCCCAAGGGUCGAUAUGACAGUCUGAUCAAUCAUUUAAUCAAGAAAUGUCCCGCCCUCUCAAAAGAAGCGAGGACCCGUGCCUGUCUUGCUGUACACGGUAUUAACAAUGCUUCCAACAAUUCCGCAUUUAACGGUCUUUUGCAUACUGGUCCUAACCAUGGCCCAUUUCCUGGACACCCCCAAGGCCUUUCUGCGCCCUCACUCGAUCAAUCUCAGAAUCAGAUCUGGACACCCCUAGAAACCCUUGCCGAAGUCUCUCGUCAGUUUGAGGCCCACGAGAAGCAUGACGAUCAUGCCCCUAUCUCUCAAGAUCCUACGGCUGAAGCUGUUCAAACAACUUUGGCUGCUGCUGUCGUACCUGUUGCGGCUGCUGCCAAUUCAUUCGAGCUUCAUGAGCAGUUCACUUUGGACAAUCCGCCGACAAAUUUGGACGGUCAAUCGCAGCGAGAUUUUAAGGAUAUCAAUAUGCUGCAGAAGCAUUCCGAGAGCCUUACCGCGGAGGAGAGGCUUAGACGCGCAUUCGAAGCCAAAGCGGGAUCGCCCACCCACUCGGCACUCUCCGUAGCCAUGGCAGCAACGGCUCACCUGAAUACGUCCCUAUUAGACCCGCAACUAAUGACCGACGAAUCCAUCCAUGAUCACCAUGCUCAAAGUGCCGAGAUGCUAAUUGAUUAUCCCCCGUCCCCGGAGAGGCCGCAUACGGUGCCAAAUACAGCCGAACCUACAGCUCCUUGGGAGGGUAUGACUUACAUGCCCCAGGACAUUCACGCUCCCGCAACUGUGAACGAUCAUGGUCAGCACCUGGCAGCGACUCUGAAUAGAGGUGGAUUUCGCAUGGAUACAAGCAAUACCCUCAAUGGAGUUCGACACCGACAUAGUCGAGCGCGGUUCGACACCAGUCGCAGAAAGGAGGUCCAAGAGAUUCGUCGUAUUGGAGCAUGCAUUCGCUGUCGCAUUCUGCGCAAGACUUGCUCUAAGGGUACACCGUGCAAUGCCUGUAAGAAAGUCCUUGCACCUCGGAUUUGGCAUACAGGGUGUGUCCGAACGAAGCUCUCAGAACACAUCAACUUGUACUCAGCCGGUGUCCAAGUUGUCAUGUCGCAAAAGCGUAUUAAUGGCUACAAGACCACUCACAAUUUACAGAAUAAUGGGCUUGUGCUUGAGGUCUCACAUUUCCCUGAGACUGGACAUAAAGCCACCUUUAAGGUUCUACAGGGGACUCCCAAGGAGAAAAAUGAUGAUGGUGGUGCUGGCCCCGGUCCGGUGAUAUUACUUGACAACAACGAGGAUAUCCCGACAAAAGUUGAGGCAUAUAUGCGCGAGAAUCUCAAUGAGUUCAUCCGCCGUGAGCCGUCUCCAUAUGUCAGUGUCACACUAGAUAUUGCUACCACGGUUGCAAAUAACACCAAUGAUGAACUUCUCAAGAGAUCCUUGGAGCUUUGGGGAAUUGUUGAGAUGAUGGAUAGAGAACGACAAUGGACAAUGCUCGUAAAAGGAGAUGAUAAAGAGUAUCUGAUCAAGGACGAUUCUGACUGCGAGGCUUAUACCAAUAUUUGCAUGCAGCUCACCGCCGCAGCCGAGCGCAAAGCAUCAGCCGCUAGCAAAGUCCUCCUAAAUGGUAUCCAGAAGCACCUGCAGGACGGCAAGGCAAAACUCGGGUUUCCCAUGUUCUUGACCGUGAUGCUUUUCCUCAACUGUAUGGAGAAAACUACGUGGGCGUUCAAAGCAUGGGAUGAGGAGAAUCUACGCCCGAAGUGGCCUCUUGAGAAGCCCCCGAACAGCUUCACAACCCAGGGCCAGGAACUAACUGAGCUACUCAGAAUGCUGCUAGUCAUCCGACACAUUCUGCCGAAGACAAUGGCCAUGGGCCCGGAGUCACCACUUGUGGCCAACGAUAACGAUCCAACCGUGCAGGAUUAUUUCCAUUACCUCAAUGUCACGACCGCCUACUUGGAGUCUCGUCGUGAUCAAAACAAUUUCCAGCCGACAGAUUCUCGAUCUCUCGAGUUUUUAUUCUGUUCGUCUCUUCUGCUCAACAACUAAGGGCCUUUCUUAAUCCAAUAGACCAUGGAUUUUUUUUUUUAUUUUUUAUUUUUUUGAACGCAUUACAUUUCACACGAUU